UCGUUGUUGCUUGUUUGUUUCCCGUUGAAACAUUUUUAUUUUUAUUUCAGUUUACAGUGAUUUUUUUCAUUUCUUUAGUGCAGUGAAGUGAUGUUAUAAAUGUGAUAAAAGUGUGUGUUGUGUACGCCAUUCAUAAAUUGGUAGACUUAAUUUGAUAAAUAAGGUCAAACAUUAAGUUUAGUGCGUAGUGAGUCACACAGGCUUCCUAUAGUUUGUGUAGUGAUAAAGCUAAACAAUGUUAUCAUAAAAAUAAUUGUUUAUGUGACUGAGUUUAAACUAAUUUCUAAUGGCUACGCCACCAGUUCCAAAGCCAAGGAGCGCGUUCCUUGCGCAGAAUGAUCCGGAUAAACGACCAGUGCCACUCCCGCGCACCAAAGUACCUACCAACAAUGAUAGAGUAUCGGCCACUGACAUUUUGCGCUCAAUAGGCUCAGUGUCUAAGCAAAUCACUGAAGAUGUCGCGCAAAAAGUCUCCAAUUCCGCUAAAAGUGCCAACGAAAAGCUGGAAAAGUCAAUUUUAGACGGCUCGAAAUUCGCCAAAGGUACUCUGGAAAAGACGCUAACAACGUCCAAAGCACUCCGCGACUCAGUCACAAAGUCAGUCAUUGAAAGCACAAGAUCUGCAGGUGUCAUGCUAAGGAAGCAGAAAAAAACUGACAACAUAGAUGAAAAUCCACAAAGAUGUGUGUCAAUGCCUGUUGUUGAUGUUAGUCUUUUUGAUAACAUCCAAUUCCACUCGCCCCUACUAGAACAAAAGAGAUUCCACAAUGAUGUCACACAAAAUAAUGAUGUACCGUCUUUACAUUUGAAUGCAUCACACAUGGAUGACUUGUCCCUGUUCUCAAACAACUCUGACAACACAGACACCGUAAGUGACUUCUCAUAUGAUAGCAGAGAGUCUGAAGCAAACUCAAGUUUGAAUUUAAGUGAGCAAACAACUUAUGAUACUCCUCGGCCGUCCAGGGCAAACAGUAUAAUAAGUACAAUGUCGACACCAGAAGUGCCAGAACGAAGAAAGAAGAGAGAAAGCACUAUGGACAUCAUGAGACAAAAUUCCCUCUAUGAAAACUGGACUUUGCCAAAUCCUACUAUAGCUAGUCCUAAAUCUGCAUCUACCACACCAAUAGACAUUGCUAGACCCAGCAAGAGUACAAUAUAUGAGUUUGAUCCUUUAAACACCAGUAGUACUGCACACAGAUAUGCAGGAGUGAGUAAUGAGCUUAUAUUACUUGAAUCCUUCUUAAUUGGUGACACUUACGGCUCAAUUAUAACCACUGACCACAGUGACGAUGCAUAUGAUUACCGAGACAGUGAAUACUUCAAUCCCCCAACGCCUCCUGAGCGAUCUGAUAGCCUGAUGACUACUGAAACAAAAGCUACGGCAUCUACUCCUAGGGACAACAAUUCCAACUGGUUUGACAAUGAAUCUGACACUACAUCAACAAUAGAUGAAGUUAAGACAUCAAAUUCAAUGAUGCAAAAGUUUUCUCAUAUGCUGAAGCUGGAUAAUGUUUUGCACAAGUCUACAAAGCAAGUAGCUCAGAAAGUAGAAGUUGUUCAGAGACCACCGCUGAAUUUAAUGCCUGCUCCAUACUACUAUGGCAUGCUGACAAGGAUAGUCUCAGCUAUGGGAGAGGAUUUGUUCAAGAACUCCCAAACCCGGUACUGUGUGCUGUCUGAUCAGAAGUUGAUCUGCUACUCUGAUGCUACUAAUGCCAUUUUGAAAGAAGCCUACACAUUGGACAGUGUGUAUUCUUUGCAAGUAGUGCUGCCACUUUCAACUAGUUCCACCAGCAACUCGUACUGCUUCGAGUUGAUGGUGUCGACAGCGCGUAGCUCGCCGCGCAAGGUGCUCUUCAGUUGCGCAAGCGCCUCCGACCGCAGGAACUGGGCGCAGAAAAUCGUGGAACACUUGGUGGCCGGCUUUCCCACCAAAUACACAGCGGAGUACACACGAUGCGGAUGGUGCUAUCUCAAGGUCAGUGUUAAUGGCCCUCUGUUAUCUGUAUCACAGUUUUAGUUUGUAAUUUCCUUGCGAAUCACAUAUUAAUGUGAGUAAAAAAUGUCCUUCGUUUGAAUCAAAAGACAG